GGUGGCUUUUUGUCUUUGGAGUCACAAAUCAAAGGACGUCUUUGAUUUUCAAAUUGGCUGGGUGUUUGGGUUAUUUUGGGCCUGAUUCUAACUUGAUUUAUAUUUGGGCCAAAACCUGGCCCAACUCCUGGACUCUUCCCUGAAUGAAUCGACACGUGUCGGCCCAAGAAAAUAAUUUAGGAGAAUCGACGGAUAUGGCUGUGACAGUAUCAGUUUCAUCGUUCUCUGCAUAUUGCCGACCGAUCCAAAACCCUAGACCUUCCACCGUCAAUUUGAUUCGAUCGUCAUCUUCUCCGGCGACAUCGUCAACGAUGGAGACUCACCCGGAAGCAAAAAAAGUAGUCGUAUGCGGUGGUGGAGUGAUCGGAGUCUGCACCGCUUACUUCUUAGCGAAGAAAGGGGCGGCAGUGACUCUCAUCGAGAAGUCCUCCGUCGCGUGCGCCGCUUCGGGCAAGGCCGGCGGGUUCCUCGCUCUCGACUGGUGCGACGGCGGACCCCUAUCCACCCUCGCUCGCGCAAGCUUUAAUCUCCACCGUUCGCUCUCACAGGAACUCGAUGGCCCUAAAUCGUACGGCUACAGAGCCCUGACCACUCUCAGCCUUACGAUUUCCGAAUCGCAAAACCCUCCCUCCACUUCCAAAUCCACCAGCGACUCCGCCGUUCCUCCGUGGGUCGACGGCCCGGCGAGAAGUACGAGAACGAUUGGGAACACGGAAACAACGGCCCAAGUGCACCCGCAGCUCUUUACUCGGACUCUCAUUUCCAAUGCUAUCGAAAAGUACGGAGUGGAUGUUGUGAUCGGGAAAUUGGAGAGGGUAACGUCGGAGGAAGGCAGAGUUCAAUCGGCGGUGCUUGAAGACGGCCGCGUUUUUAACGCCGAUGCGGUGGUUCUGGCAUUGGGACCAUGGUCCGGCAAGUUCGAGCCCCUAUCGUCGCUGUUCAGAGUGUACAGUCUGAAAGCACACAGCAUAGUUUUGGAACCUAAAGAGCCCGACGCCAUUACUCCCCAUGCCCUAUUUCUGAGUUAUUAUCAGGCUGGGGGAGGUAAACCCAUAGAUCCAGAGGUGUAUCCUCGUCCCACAGGGGAGGUGUAUUUGUGCGGGAUUGCGGCGGAGGCGGAAGUGCCGGAGGAUCCAGAGGAAAUUUCGGCGAAUCCAGAAUCAAUAAAGGUUCUAAAGAGAGUGGCGAAGAAUGUGUCGAGGCGACUGGGGGAAGGAGAGGCGGAAGUGAAGGCGGAGCAGGCUUGCUUCUUGCCGUGCACGGAUGACGAUUUGCCGGUGAUCGGGGAGGUUCCGGGGAUGAGGGGGUGUUAUGUGGCGACUGGACAUAGUUGUUGGGGAAUUCUGAAUGGGCCUGCAACAGGGGCGGCCAUGGCUGAGCUUGUUUUGGAUGGGCAAUCCGCCAUUGUUGAUCUUAAUCGGUUCAGCCCGGCCAGGUUUGUGGGACGAAGAAGAAGGAACCAUUCUUAAAAUGGAAUAUGGCGUGGGAUCUCUCACUCUCAGUUUCACUCCUCUUCCCUUCUUAAAUCUCUGGGAAGCUCUUUCAUUUUUCAAAAAUAUGUAUAUCUUUUAGUCAAUUAUUCUAGACAUGUAUAUAAUGGAUUUCAAAAAUAAAAUGAU